AUGGCAGACUUUGCGUUCCGAGAUAGGGCCCUCGUGGGAAUUUUUCCAGAACACAAGCAAAUGACAAGCUAUGGGGAUCCACUUGCGCUGACUUUGAGCCAGUCAGCCGUGGUGCACCGUCUUAUCGCGAGUGGAACUGCUCCAUCCUAUGGUGCUGCCGACGCGAAACGCGAGGUCCCAUCCAUCGCUUCCGACUAA